AUGUCCAGACAGACAGCCAGUACGUUUCUAGUUGAUGAUGACGAUAUUUCAUCUGAGCAAUUCGAUAGACGUUCAACAGGAAAUGGUAUUGAAUUUAAAUCCAGGACAGUGUCAUUAAAUAAUAUUCAUGACAUAGCAUUGAUGUGUAAGCCAGAACCUCGACAAAAAGUAUUAUCAACAACGGCAGCAAGUUCACAAACAAAGACAAAUGUUCUAACUGCAACAUAA